UGCCCAUGCCUAUAUAUUUCUCCCUAACCUCCACAAUCCACAAUGUCUCCAUGUUUACAAAACACAAAGAUUAUCAAACACAGAGAACAUAUUCACUCCUUUUUCUGUUUCUGCCAUGGAAGCCAAGAAAAACAAAAUCAGAGAAAUCGUAAAGCUUCAACAAAUCCUCAAGAAAUGGCGAAAAGUCGCUCAGGCAUCAAAACAAGCUAACGACAACAAGAUUAACAACGAGGAAGACAUCAGCAACAUCAACAAAACUGGAAGUGGAAGUGGAAGUAAGAGCAUCAAGUUUCUGAAGAGAACACUCUCCUUCCCAGAUGUAACAGCUGUUCCUAAAGGUUACCUAGCUGUCUCGGUGGGGAAGGAGGAGAAGAGAUACAAGAUACCAACGGAGUACCUUAGCCACCAAGCUUUCCAGGCGCUGUUGCCUGAGGCAGAAGAAGAGUUUGGGUUUCAACAAGCUGGUGUGCUGAAGAUUCCUUGUGAAGUUGCUGUGUUCGAGAGCAUUUUGAUGAUAAUGGAGGACAACAAGACUGAUCCGUACCUGCCCACACAGGAGUGCAGGUUCAAUGCGACGACGACUGAGGAAGUGAUAAGUUAUCGUAAUCCUUCGGAUUGCCCUAAGACUCCAUCUCAUCAACCUCUCAGUCCAAUGUGUAGAUAGUUUUUUUUUUUGUGUGUGUUUUGAUUUGAACCAUUAUUAUUCCUCUUCCCCCAUGUUCCCACUUUUGCACUUUGGGGAUACUUGUGUACUAAGCAACUUCAAAGAGAAAAAGAAUGUGAGAUUUUUGAAUAAUGGAAUUUGCAAGCGCGUCACUGAAAAGAUUUAAAACAUGAA